CUAUCAAUAAAUUUAUUUGUACAAAAAUAAUUAAUUAAUGCUGUUUGUUCAAAUAUUAUAUACAGAAAAAUACAAAUAAUGUUUAAAUGACAUAUUUGAAUUCGUUCUGCGACCUAGGUUAAAUUAUUAGCUGUUGAUAUUCGAUAAUAUAAUGAUUUAUAUGUUCGCAACGCUUCACCGACUCUGCGUUACAAAAAUAUACAAAGUUUUGUGUUAAAAGUUCGCAAUGGACCUCUCUCCUGAUGAAGAAAAUAUUCAAGGUCGAUUAUUACACCAAGCAGCACUUUGGGACAAUUUAGAGUUACUGGAGGGUCUGCUGGGCGGAGGAGCAGAGGUGGGCAGCAAGGAUGAGCACAACCGGACCGCCCUGCAUGCAGCUGUGCUGGCUGAGAGAAGCAUGUGUCUGCCAGCACUCUGCAAUGCUGGGGUCGAUGUGAACGCUGUGUCUGACGAGAGUACUGGUGGAAAGACAGCGCUGCACAUAGCGGCUGAAUGCGGCAACGCUGAGAACGUGAAGGCGCUGCUGUCGGCAGGAGCGGACCUGGCCAUCCUCACGGCUGGAGGGGACUCCGCAGUCGCUCUGGCCGAGCGGGGGAGGCACCGACACGCUGCCAACCUGCUGAGGGAAGCCAGAGAUGCCUUGGAGAGAGAACGUCUGCAGCAGCAUAGCCAACUGCGAGAGCUGGUUGUCCGCGGUGACGUAGUGUGUCUCCAGGAGAGAUUGGAUGCACUCGGUUCUGCAGCGCCCGUGCUGUGCAACCUGACGCCGGGGGGAGCAAAUACAUUGCUAUAUGUGUAGUACUGCACAAAACUCGGAUAAUAAAUCAGAGAAUAGAGACUUUUCACCGUCAGAAGGGUCAGAAUAUAAGCUUCCACGUCGAACUUCAUCACGGAAAAAUGGGGUUAUUAAUCGAAGCAGGUUUUCAAGUUCAUCAAACAGCUCGUCUAGUUCCAACAGCAGCUCAUCAGGUUCACCGAAAUCUGUCAAUAAUGAUACUAAUUUGGAAACCAAUGAAAGUAAUGUGAUGCCAGAUCUGAUAUUGAGUUACCUUAACUCUGAACAUGGAUUUGGAAAGAGAAUGUUCAGAAAAAGACAAAAAUAUACCCAUAAAUG